AUGAGCAGGGAAAUUGAGACACUAGAAGAAUACCCUAUUGACAUAAAUGAUUCUCUGGAUUGUUUUUUCUACAUUCUUGAAUUAGCACCCCAGUUAGAACAUUGGAAAGAUGGAGAGUUGAUUGAUAAUCUUCAUCAUAUGGGUUUCACAUCUUGGAAAAUCAUUCUUACUACUGCACUCAAGCGUUGGCAUGGAAUUGUGGGUGAGUCGAUUAAUGUGGAUUAUUUGAAAUGUACCAAUUAUACAAAUGCGUUGGAUCAGGUAUUUCACGUUAGACUUUUGGUAAGGGUAGAGAAAAUCGAAGAUGUGAAGUUCAUUGGAGCAAUCACCAACCAUAUCUUUCCCUUGGAGUUCUUGGGAUUGCCAAAUAUUGAAAGUCAAGUGAAGUACAUCAAGAAAUACGAUGGGGCAAAACCAGGAAUCGAUUUCUUUGCCAUUGAAAACUACAUGGUAGAAAAUUCUCAGAAUGAAUUGAAAUAA